AUGGGACUCGAUGGCACUCCGGAUUCUGAUGGAGGUGGAUCUAGCAGCGACAGCAGUGGAAGUGGACGACGUCCAAGACGUAUUCAUACGUUCCAUGGAACCACUGGUCCAUCUAGUGGUCACGGUGCGUCGACAUCCUCAAGAGAAAAAUCAACGAUUCGGCGGCACACAACCGUUCCUCGAAUGAGUACUGGACAAGAGACCGGUGAUAAGAGUGAUGACGAAGACGAGCGGUGGGAGAAGAGCGAAGAUCGUCGAGAACAGCUUGAAGUGGAUGAAAAGACCCACCGACUACCUCUUGGCCUCAACCUGAAGGCUCGCCGUGCGAUGACCCAUCUGAUUCGUGAUGUUGUUAAACUGAAAACCGAAAACAACCACCUCCGUAAUGAGAUAUCGCUAAAUCGAACACGGCUCGCUAUGAAGGAACGAACACAGAACGUUGCGGCACCUUCAUCAUUAGCUUCCGAUACGAUGGAAGCGCUUCGUCGCAAAGAGCAGGAGCUUCGCGAGGAAGAUGCCCGUCGUCGGCGGGAACUUGAACAAAUGGCUGAGCAGCUACGUCUCGAGCAGGAACGGCAAAAGCAGCAAGAAGGCCCAGCUGAAUGUCGAAAGGCCUGCCACAAGGCCACAUCCAUGUCCGUAGACCGCUCUCUCAGGACAUAUGAACGUGAUAUACCGUAUCCAGGGUGUAAGGAGCAGUUGCGCCGCAGUGAAGCUGAAUUGGCUGAGAAAUGGGCUGCUCUUCAUGCAGCUGCUGAAGGCAGUGGUGGGACGCCGAAUACACGAAUCGUUGGACGAAUUUCCAUGAAAAGUCCGAGUUCCAUGGGACGGGUGUCAUCGUUUCGUGAUCCAAAAGCAUCGACAACGACCGCUCCGCCAGCUGGCAUCUCACCCGCUCUAAGAAAUCUCACUAAAAAGAGCGAAGUGGUGAAGAGAAUCAAGAAGUGA